AUGGAUAUCGAUGAUAACUCCACACAAAUGUAUCGUUUCAAUCGACCAGUAGAUAAUACAAAGGAUGAAGCCAACGAUGAAAUAAAACAAAUACCAAUCUCGACAAUAAUCCAUUAUUGUGGACUAUGUCCAUUGACGUUUGAUGGUGCAUUUGGUCUCACCAAAACAAAGCUUUUAACUCGUCUAUGCAGCAGUCAAAUAGCCUUCUUGGAAGAUAACCCAUUAGGUAGAAUGGACAAAAAACGAUUCCUUUAUUGGUGCGAUCUAUUAAAGCCUGAUUUCGAUAUUAAAGAUGAAGUGGCUUGCGAAAAUGCAUUUGCUGCAUUCGAUAAAAAUAAAGAUGGAACAAUUGACUUCAAAGAAUUUACUACGGCAUUGGCUUUCCUUGGACCAAACACUGUAGAGGCACAUGUCGAUCUAUUUUUUCAAAUGUUAGUUCGAUUGAGUGCUGUAGUUUGA